GAUGACUCGCCAGAGGAGCCGGUCCAGUCAGAAGAUGAGGAGAUGGCAUGGGCCAUCAACAUGGUGAUGGAGGUGCAGGACAGUGCACUUGACGAAGAAGAGAUCUUCUACGAUUGCCACAAUGGAGAUGAGGAAGAGCCGCCAAGUACUUCAUCAUUGGAGGAGACAGAGUACUACCAGAUGGGUCAUCCAGGACAGCAACGAUCAGUGCAGAUGGUCGAUGCACAAGGAGAGGCCAUUAAAAGUGCUGGAAACCGCAGGUUGAGGCUCCAAGCUCACACGCGGAAUGGAGACGUGGUGGAAUUCGUGGAGCAGUUUGCAUUGGGAGUUGGAGUGACACAUCCAUUGCUAAGCUUUGGCCGACUCCUGAGACAAGGAUGGGUGCUGUCGCGUGAUCAACAAGGUCUAUGCUUGGAGCACCCUGAGAAGAAGAUGCAAAUCCCAGCCAGACUCGAAAGGAACUCUCUGGUCAUGGAUGUGAAGGUCUGUGCAAUUCGAGCUGAAGAAGAUAUGGAUGAAGAGCAGAAGAAGGAGAUUGAGGCCAUGGCGGCAAAUGACAGAGCCCAAGGCGAAGAAAGAAAAGAGGAGAAGAAGAUUCCCGAGGAGGCAGAAGCAGAUCGAGGAGUGAAGAGAAGUGCAGAGGAGCAGGCAGAAGCAGAGAAGGCAGCCAAGGAAGAAGAAGAGACCUUGGCACUGAUGAAAGAGCUCUCCGCACAGGUGGUGACUGAUGAUGACGUUCAGGUGGAAGAGAAUCCCAUGAAGAAAUCGCGGCUGAAGGAGAAUGAGGAAACUCCACAACGAUCACCUGGCUACACCACCGAAGAGUCAGGAGGAGAGAUCAUGGUCGAAGGAAGCAGCAGCGAAGAUGGAAAAGUGCAAGAGAAGCUGGCUCGAUGGGAGAAAUGGAGGUUGAAGAGUGUCGAGGUCAAGAGUGAGCCAAUGGAGCUAACAGAUAGCCCAAUGGAGGAGUUGACAGAGGCCGGACAACAUGUGUUCCCUGUUCGGGGAGAAGGGCACUCACUACAUGGCUUCAUUUCAAGAGAGCUAGGCCUGCUGGAGAAAGUGCCGGGAUGGCACGCUUUGCCGAAUGGGAUAGUGGUGCACUCGAGUCUGCAGGCAACCCAUUUCCUUGACCCCAGCAUGUCCUUUGGCCCUGAAUGGUGUGGACGUAUGACUCUUGUAAAGAAGAAGGACAAUUCAGGUGCUUGGGAGCAGAUUGAAAGCUUAGCGGCAUACAAGGACUCGCCACUGCCUUUUCGAGCCCUACCGGCAGGACCAAGGUCAGCUUUGACGUUCGUGGCUCCAGGACUGAUUCGGGACUACUUCGUGAUGAACUCGGAAGUCCCGGUGAGCCAAUACCCACUGUUGAGUGGAGAACCAUCUUCUUGGCCCGAUGACGAGAGAGAUGAGGAAGGAGGAGAGUUUCCCAUGCUUGCAGCAGGCAGCGGAGGACGAGCAGAGGUCCUGGAAGACAUGGAGUUCGUGGACCCUGACGAGCUGAGAGUGCAGAUCGAUGAAACAUGGUUUGACAAGGAAACAAAGCUCAAAGAUUUACAAGAAAUCUGCAAGCAGCUCGGAUUGGCCACAUCAGGAUCCAAGACUAAAGUCCUGAGGAGGUUGCAACGGUACAAGCAUCAGCAGGAGGAGAAGAUGGCAUAUGAAGUUGCACAAAGAUUGUUCGCUGAAAGCAGGAGAGAAGCCAUUCCUCUGAAGACACCAAAGUUGCCCUCUCGACAUGAACAAGAACUGCACCAGUUGACACAUCUCCCUUUUCAGCCGUGGUGUCAGCAGUGUGUUGCAACAAGAUCAAAAGAGGACCCACGAAUGAAGGAAGAACGAAGUGACAGGAAGGAUAGAGGUCGACCGGUGAUCAGCUUUGACUAUGGGUUCACCUACACGGCCGACGCACCAGAAGAGAAGCAGUGGGGCACAGCCUUGUACGUGGCUGAAUCAGAGUCCAAAGCCACGCUAU